AUGUGGUAUAUUAAGAUAAAUAAGUACAGAGCCGCCGACCUGAGUGGUAUUGAGGGUACGGCUGAUCAAGAGCAGACUAACCUCAGAAAGAGAACUUUCCGCAAGUUCACCUACCGUGGUAUUGACCUCGAGCAGCUCUUGGACUUGUCCUCUGAGCAGUUCAUGGCUCUCGUCCACUCCCGUGCCCGCAGAAGAUUCCAGCGCGGUCUUAAGCGCAAGCACAUGGGUCUCAUCAAGAAGCUUCGUAACGCCAAGAAGGAGGCUACCCCCGGUGAGAAGCCCGCUACCGUCAAGACCCACCUCCGUGACAUGAUCAUCGUCCCCGAGAUGAUCGGUUCCGUCGUCGGUGUCUACAACGGCAAGACCUUCAACCAGGUCGAGAUCAAGCCUGAGAUGACUGCUCACUACCUCGCUGAGUUCUCCAUCUCUUACAAGCCCGUUAAGCACGGUCGUCCCGGUAUUGGUGCCACUCACUCUUCCAGAUUCGUUCCCCUCAAGUAAAAAAAAAUACUUGGGAUUCUUGUUUGGCUUUGUGUGCUUAUGCAACCAGCUUUUCCUUUUUUUUAAAACUCUUUUGUAAUCUUCUCUUAUUUGUUUGAGGAUGUACCUUGAGUAAUAAAAUUUAAAAAGACAAAAAAACGAAAA